CUCAAUAUAGUCUCACAUGCCAAGAAAUUCAGGACACUUUGCCUUUUGCACCAUCACAACACCAUCUUAUCAACAGACACUCUUCCUCUGGCUGUAGCUACAUAACAACAUCUUGCUUUUAGCCAGUAUUGGUGAAUUGAACAACAAUGAAAAAGCCAAUUCUGCUCAUCGCAUCGCUGCUAGCGGCUCUUCCAGUCAGCGCGGAUGGAGUCUAUACUAAAAAGUCGCCUGUAUUGCAGGUGAACCACAAGACAUAUAACCAGCUAAUCGCCGAUUCCAAUCAUACUUCGAUCGUAGAAUUCUACGCCCCCUGGUGCGGCCACUGCCAAAGCCUCAAGCCAGCCUAUGAAAAAGCAGCCAAAAAUUUAGACGGCUUGGCCAAAGUUGCAGCCAUUAACUGCGACGAUGACGACAACAAGUCCCUCUGCGGCCGGAUGGGCGUGCAGGGUUUCCCAACCCUCAAGAUCAUGACCCCCUCCAAGAAACCCGGGAAACCUACCGUGGAAGACUAUCAAGGUGCGCGGAGCGCGAAGGCGAUUGUCGAUGCGGUUGUGGAUAGGAUCCCGAACCAUGUGAAGAGACUUACGGAUAAGGAUUUGGAGACGUGGGUUGACAUGGAUGAGGCGCCGAAGGCGAUUCUGUUUACGGAGAAGGGGGCGACUAGUGCUUUGAUUCGGGCUAUUGCGAUUGAUUUUCUGGGGUCGAUAAAAGUUGGACAGGUUCGCAGUAAGGAGACUAGUGCGGUUGAGAAGUUUAAUAUUGAGAACUUCCCCUCGCUUGUGUUGCUUCCUGGUGGUGACAAGGAGCCUAUUGUUUACGAUGGCGAGCUGAAGAAGAAACCUAUCAUCGAGUUCUUCAGCCAAGUUGCCGCGCCAAACCCGGACCCUGCCCCUGCGAAGGCCAAGGCCAAGUCAUCUUCAAAGUCCAAGUCCACCAAACCCGCAAAGGCCCAGUCGUCCACCGUCUACGACGACGAAGCAGAGAACCUCAAACCAACCGAAUCUCCAGACCACAAGGCCAUCCCGGACGACGCCAAGGAAUCCAAACCCGCCAGCGUUCCCAUCAAAACACCCGAGAUCAGAACCCUCCCCACAAUCGAAACCCUAGAGUCCACCUGUCUCGCUCCCAAGUCCGGAACCUGCGUUCUAGCUCUCCUCCCCGAGCCCAAAGACUCUGACUCAGACCUCCCUGGUCCCGCGCAGAUAGCCGUGUCCAGUUUAUCCGACAUCGCACACAAACACUCCCUGCGCCAGAGCAACCUCUUCCCAUUUUACAGCGUCCCGGCUAUUAACGCCGGCGGCAAAACCUUGCGCGCUGGAUUGGGAUUACCCGAGAGUACGGAGAAUGUUGAGAUUAUCGCGGUGAAUGGGCGCAGGGGUUGGUGGAGGAGGUAUGAUAACUCUGGGAGCCAGGACUUUAAUGUUGUGUCUGUUGAGAAGUGGAUUGAUUCUAUUCGGCUGGGAGACGGAAAGAAGGAGAAGUUGCCGGAGGGGGUUGUUGUUGUUGCCAAUGAGGUUGAUGAGCAUGAUGAGCUGUGAAAGCGUUCGUUGAUCUCGGAGAGUACAGUGCGUUUGGAAUAUCUAAAUCUUUUCAUGCUGAAUGUCAAAUAGUACUAGAAAAAAAAAUCUUAUAUACAAGAGACACCCUAAAACGCCAUGACUGAAUGCAACGUACAGCCCAAAUCAAACCAAAGUAAUCAAGCUUUUUCUCUUAACAGGCAAAUCAAUUAAUCAAGAAGACCUCUUUUUUCCC